CCGUUCUACAACUCCACUCCCCUCUUCCAUAAACACAGCGGCUACCACUAGGGUUUUUCCGAUCCGCCUCGCCUCACUCCGGCCACCACCAGAUCUCCUCCGCCUCUCGCGGCGGCACCGUUCGCUCUCACCUCCGCCGACGAUGGUGGGCCUUACCGGAGGUUCGUCGUACGGGAUGCAGUCUAUGCUCAAGGAUGGGCACAAGCACCUCUCCGGCCUCGACGAGGCCGUCCUCAAGAACAUCGGCGCCGCCCGCGAGCUCUCCGCCAUCACGCGGACCUCCCUCGGCCCCAACGGGAUGAAUAAGAUGGUCAUUAAUCAUCUGGACAAGCUCUUCAUCACGAACGAUGCUGCAACAAUUGUGAACGAGCUUGAGGUCCAGCACCCUGCCGCUAAGCUCCUGGUGCUGGCUGCCAGGGCUCAGCAGGAGGAGAUCGGAGACGGAGCUAACCUCACCAUAUCUUUUGCUGGCGAACUGCUGGAGAAGGCCGAGGAGCUCAUCAGGAUGGGGUUGCAUCCCAGUGAGAUCAUCAUUGGGUACACAAAGGCCAUCAAUAAGACGCUUGAGAUUUUGGAGGAUCUAGUGGAGAAAGGCUCCGAGAACAUGGAUGUAAGGAACAUGGAAGAGGUCGUGUUGAGGAUGAAAUCUGCUGUUGCCAGCAAGCAAUUCGGCCAGGAAGAUGUGCUGUGUCCCCUUCUCGCUGAUGCCUGUAUCCAAGUUUGCCCCAAAAAUCCGGCAAACUUCAAUGUUGACAAUGUUAGAGUGGCAAAGCUGGUUGGAGGUGGUCUGCACAAUUCUUCUGUAGUCCGUGGGUUGGUUCUGAAAAAUGAUGCUGUUGGGAGCAUAAAAAGGGUGGAGAAGGCCAAGGUUGCAGUAUUUGCUGGUGGUGUCGACACUUCUGCAACUGAAACGAAGGGAACUGUCCUGAUCCAUUCUGCUGAGCAGCUUGAGAACUACGCUAAAACUGAGGAAGCUAAGGUGGAGGAGCUUAUCAAAGCUGUGGCUGACUCAGGUGCCAAGGUUAUUGUCAGUGGAGCAGCAGUUGGCGAUAUGGCUUUGCAUUUUUGUGAACGUUACAAGCUAAUGGUUUUGAAAGUCAGCUCAAAGUUUGAACUGAGACGAUUUUGCCGUACUACUGGAUCAAUAGCACUUUUGAAGCUUAGCAGACCAAAUGCGGACGAAUUAGGAUAUGCUGACUCUGUUUCGGUGGAAGAAAUUGGUGGUGCUCGGGUUACUGUUGUUAAGAAUGAAGAAGGUGGAAACUCCGUGGCUACUGUUCUCUUGAGAGGCAGCACUGAUAGUAUAUUAGAUGACCUCGAAAGAGCUGUCGAUGAUGGCGUCAACACAUACAAGUCAAUGUGCAGGGAUAGUCGGAUCAUUCCAGGUGCUGCAGCAACAGAGAUAGAACUGGCGCAGAGAUUGAAGGAGUUUUCUCUAAAGGAAACAGGGUUGGACCAGUAUGCCAUUGCAAAAUUCGGUGAAAGUUUCGAAAUGGUUCCAAGAACCCUGUCUGAAAAUGCUGGACUUGGUGCAAUGGAGAUAAUAUCUUCUCUCUAUGCUGAGCAUGCUGCUGGCAAUGUGAAAGUUGGCAUUGACCUUGAGGAAGGCGCUUGCAAGGAUGUAUCCAUUAUGAAAAUAUGGGACCUUUAUGUCACAAAGUCCUUCGCUCUAAAAUACUCAGCGGAUGCUGUAUGCACUGUACUGCGGGUAGAUCAGAUCAUCAUGGCAAAGCCGGCAGGAGGCCCUAAACCACCCCAACAAGGUGCUAUGGAUGAAGAUUAGUUCGUCAGUGCACUCCUGUUUUCUGUGUAUCAUGCUGCGAGGUUCCUGGCAGUAGACACCUCAUUUUCAUCUUAUCUAGGUUUGAUUGUAGUAGAAGAUUUUGCGUGCCUGGGCUUCGUGUUUGGAGGGGUUGCAUGCAUUAGCUGAUGCCUUGUGUGUGAAUUUGGGAGCAUUUGCGAAAUCGGUGUAUCAAAUGAUAACUAGUGACACUUGUUCGUCCAGUUUAUUAUACGAACUGAGCUCACCUCCAAAGAUUGGUAGUUGUAUUGACGUUUGUAAAAUUUUGUUGUGUUA